AUGGGCAUCCCUAUGUACCGUGAGCCAUCGUCCACUGAGGCCACUAAGAACAACGCUGCCAAAGACCCUUGUGCUGCCGCACGCUCUGCAAUUCGUCGCCAGGCCACUGUUCGCCGUCCCUCGCGUUAUGGCAGUUCUGCUUGGCGCAGUGCGAGCCUACGCUCGCCGUUUCCUCGUCCGAUAGCAGAUGAGAUAGAACGUGAGGCAAGCGGAUUGCCGCGUCAUCCGCAUUCGCCUGUUUCGAUUCCCGCCCCCCCGAGCGACCCGUUUGAUCUCAACAGCAGCCUAGCUGACAAUAGUCGGCGCGAAGCUGGGCUGCGAAUCCUUGGCGAUGCUAUCCGUCAUAACCGACCAGGUCAGCGGCAGCGAAUACCUCGAACCUCUAAUCUGGCCGACUUGAACGCGCGCCUUGCGAGUGACGCAAAUGCCCGGCAAGAAGCUCAGGAUCAUAACCUUUUUACACCCCGUUUUGCUCCUGCCGUCGCAUACCAUAGGUCAUCAACACCUUCGGCCGGUCCAGAUUACCUUCGCUUGUCACCUAUGCCGCGGCAUGAUGGCCCCGGGGAAGACCUUCACGCCGGAUCGUUUCUACCAUUAUUGCGUCGUUUUGGACACCGCUCUAUCAACGAUGCGAAUUUAACAAACCGCGGACCAUCCAUCGACGGCCUGGGUGAUCGGCAAAGAAGCGUGGACCUGGAAGAUGACCAUGCAAAUGAUGCCUGGGAGACUCUUCUGACCACAAUUACACCCGAUACCAACCUCCCUAGUGCUGAUUCGUCCUUUACUUCUGCGUCUGCCUCAGGGACGAAUGGAUCACAUAACGGAACAUCGAGUUCUGCGACGUCACUCGAGUCUCUCCAGAACUCUUUGAACGGUGCCGUUCCAACAGUUCAUAUGACGCUCGAUCCGUACCAAGAAUAUUCGAAUCCGUGUGACUAUUCCGAUUCGGAUACCGAAUCGGACGGGGAGAUUACCCAAGAAUCACUAUUUCGACGCUACCGUCGCCGUAUGCGCCAGGUCGAUUCCAUGAGACGCGCACAUAAUCUCCAAACCAUGGGCAACCUACCUUCUAUCCCUUCGCUCACCUCCUCUAACCCGCCUCCCAUUCCUCCUCCAAUUCCCACAAUAUCCUUUUCAUUCUCGGAAUCUUCAGGAGACCAGGACCUGCACCACAUGCAGGCUAUCCUGGAUCGUCUUGCUCGUCGUGAAGAUGUUCCUGAUGACUGGUGGGCAGCAGCUGGACUGUCUCGUCCCCUUGGUCAAAGAGGUGCAGACGAUGAUUCAAACGAAGCCCCUGGACUGGACGGUCCCGUUUAG